CAAAAUUUUUUUCUUUUCUAAUGUAAGCCCUUAGUGGUAUAAAUUUCUCUCUCACCACUGAUUUGGCCACAUCCCACAAAUUCUGAUAUGUUGUGUUUCACUUUCAUUCAUUUCAAUGUAUUUUAAAAAUCUGAGACUUUCUCUUUGAACAAUGGAUUAUUUAGCAUGUGUUUUCACGUGUUUGGAGAUUUUCCUUUUAUCUUCGUGUUACUGAUUUCUAGUUUAAUUCUAUUGUGUUCAGAGAACAAACUCUGUAUGAUUUCAGUUGUUUUAAAUUUGCUGAGAUUUGUUUUAUGACCCAGGUUACCUCAUAUCUUGCUAAGUGUCCCAUGGACAUGAAAAAAAAAUGUGUAUUGCGCUGCGUUUGCGGUAUUACGUAAAUGCUGAUUAGUUCCUGUUGGUUAACAGUGUUGUUGUGUCCACAGAAGCACUGGAGAAAGAUUGUAACCUGAGGUGACAGGCUUUGAUUGUGUCCUGGCUUAGUAUGAUGGGACACACCUCUGCUUGCUGCCUUCCCUCUGGACAACCCUCAGCCCCUCAAUCGCUACAUCACCUCAACAUGGCCGCACACAGGCCAGAGUGUCUACAUGGGCGCCGCCAUACUGGCGCCCCGCCUAAGCCACUGAAACGGGAGCGUGUUUGGCAAAGCGCCAUGUUGACUACUGGCAACCUUCGGCCACGAAGACUGCUGAGCAUGCGCACACCCAGGCAGCGCUGUAAGAAGUAGGGAGGCAUUGAGAAAAAGGAAGUGGGUCCUGUUCUGGUUCUUGCGACUAUAGUCACCACCCGAAGCAAAUGACCACUGUCCUGAGAGAACGUGGGUGAGGGGCAGGUGAAUAGAGGGAUGGCAGCAUCUGUGGACUGAGCAAGAAGAAUCUCUGAUGUCUGUCGUGAGCCCUCCGAUCUCUGCCCCUUUGUCCGAAGAGCCAAAAAUGACCAAGUCCCUGGUUGGAUGGGGCCUCGGUACCUCUCAGAGGGAUGGAGGUCUUGGAUUUUCAUCUGGCCUCCUCUCACACCAUACCUGUGGUGAUGGAAAGACUGUCGCUUUACUGCCAGGAAUCAGUGUCAUUCAAGGACGUAACUGUAGACUUCAGUAGGGAUGAGUGGCAACAAUUAGACCUUGCUCAGAAAAGCCUGUACAGAGAAGUGAUGCUGGAAAACUAUUUCAACUUGAUCUCAGUGGGAUGUCAAGUUCCCAAACCAGAAGUCAUCUUCAGCUUGGAACAAGAAGAGCCAUGUAUGUUGGAUGGUGAGAUCUCCAGUCAGAGCCAUCCAGCCCCAUCUGGACCUGCUUGGAGCUGUCCCCAGAAAGCCUCAUUAUAUGGGGACAUUGGUUUUGGACCUUUACAACAGAGAAUGUCUGAAGAAAUUUCUUUCCGGUCUGAGAUUAAUAUUAAUCUCUUCAAAAGAGAUGACCCAUAUUCCAUUUUAGAAGAAUUGUGGAAAGAUGAUGAACACACAAGAAAAUGUGGAGAAAAACAGAACAAACCUUUAAGUCAUGUUGCCUUCAUUAACAAGAAAACACUAGCUAACGACAGGGUCUGUGAAUAUAAGGACAUUGGGGAAAUAGUUCAUGUAAACACACACCUGGUUUCCUCAAGAAAAAGACUCCAUAACUGUAACUCAUUUGGAAAGAAUUUGGAGCCUAUUGUAACCUUAUGUAAUAGAAACAAUGCAACAGAAAAUUCUGAUAAGACUAUUGGAGAUGGUGAUAUUUUCACUUAUAUGAAUUCUCAUACAGAAGUGAUGGCUUGUGAAUGUAAUCAGUGUAGGAAAUCUCUGCAUCAUAAGCAAGCUCUCAUUCAACAUCAGAAAAUUCAUACUAGAGAGAGCCUCUAUUUGUUUUCUGACUAUGUAAAUGUUUUCUCCCCGAAGUCACAUGCCUUUGCACAUGAGAACAUUUGUACUGAAGAAAAGCAGCAUGAAUGCCAUGAACGUGAGGCAGUCUUCACUCAGAAGUCCCAGCUUGAUGGCCGUCGGAGGAUUUAUGCAGGAAUAUGCACUGAAUAUGAGAAGGAUUUUUCCCUCAAGUCAAACCAUCAGAAAACUCCUGAGGGGAAUUACUAUAAAUGCAGUAACUAUGGAAGAGCCUUUAUCCAGAAGUCAGAUCUGUUCAGAUGCCAGAGAAUUCAUUCUGGAGAAAAACCCUAUGAGUACAGUGAAUGUGAGAAAAACCUCUCUCAGAAUUCAAACCUUAAUAUACAUAAAAAAAUUCAUACUAGAGAGAAACACUUUGAAUGUACUGAAUGUGGAAAAGCUUUCACAAGGAAAUCAACACUAAGUAUGCAUCAGAAAAUCCAUACAGGAGAAAAGCCUUAUGUAUGUACUGAAUGUGGGAAGGCCUUUAUCCGGAAGUCACAUUUUAUCACACAUGAAAGAAUUCAUACUGGAGAAAAACCCUAUGAAUGCAGUGACUGUGGGAAAUCCUUUAUCAAAAAAUCACAACUCCAUGUGCAUCAGCGAAUUCACACAGGAGAGAAUCCCUUUAUAUGUUCAGAAUGUGGGAAGGUCUUCACUCACAAGACAAAUCUCAUUAUACACCAGAAAAUCCACACAGGAGAAAGACCCUAUAUAUGUACUGUAUGUGGUAAGGCCUUUACUGACAGGUCAAAUCUCAUUAAGCACCAAAAAAUUCAUACUGGAGAGAAACCUUACAAAUGCAGCGAGUGUGGAAAAUCAUUCACCUGGAAGUCACGGCUCAGGAUACAUCAGAAGUGUCAUACUGGAGAGAGACAUUAUGAAUGCAGUGAAUGUGGGAAAGCCUUCAUUCAGAAGUCAACACUAAGUAUGCACCAGAGAAUUCAUAGAGGGGAAAAACCAUAUGUUUGCACUGAAUGUGGUAAGGCCUUCUUCCACAAAUCCCAUUUUAUUACACAUGAGAGAAUUCAUACUGGAGAGAAACCCUAUGAAUGCAGUAUUUGUGGGAAAUCCUUCACUAAGAAAUCACAACUCCAUGUACAUCAGCAGAUUCACACAGGAGAGAAACCCUAUAGAUGUGCUGAGUGUGGAAAGGCUUUUACUGACAGAUCAAAUCUUUUUACACACCAGAAAAUUCACACUGGAGAGAAACCUUAUAAAUGUAGUGACUGUGGGAAAGCCUUCACUCGGAAGUCCGGUCUCCACAUACAUCAGCAGUCCCAUACUGGAGAAAGGCAUUAUGAGUGCAGUGAAUGUGGGAAAGCCUUUGCAAGAAAAUCAACACUAAUUAUGCAUCAGAGAAUUCAUACCGGAGAGAAACCCUACAUUUGUACUGAAUGUGGGAAAUCCUUCAUCCAGAAGUCACACUUAAAUAGACACAGGAGAAUUCAUACUGGAGAGAAACCCUAUGAAUGCAGUGACUGUGGGAAGUCUUUCAUUAAGAAAUCACAACUCCAUGAGCAUCAUCGAAUUCACACAGGAGAGAAACCAUAUAUAUGUGCUGAGUGUGGAAAGGCCUUCACCAUCAGAUCAAAUCUUAUUAAACACCAGAAAAUUCAUACUAAACAGAAACCCUAUAAGUGCAGUGACUUGAGGAAAGCCUUAAACUGGAAGCCACAACUCAGUAUGCCUCAGAAAUCUGACACUGGGGAAGUAGAGUGCUCAAUGCCACAAUUAUGGUGUGGGGACUCAGGAGGUGACCAAGGCCAACUUUCUUCUGUCUAGUUAGAAUUAUGAACAUCUGGAUCAUACAGCCGAUGUGCAGUUAUGCAUAUGGGGAGACACUUUUGAGAGUGUUUAAGCAUUGUAUAGUGGCCAUCUUUGGUUAUUUGAUAUUGGUAUUGUCAAGCUCCUGCAAAUAAUAGUAAAUGUGCAAGGAGA